AGUUUAGAAAGACAAGCAACUUUUUUAUAUACACAUUUUUUAUCAUACAUAGCGCAUGACGACAACGAUAAUGGAGACAACUGCAGCAGCAGCAGUAGUUGCACCAGAGGUGUCCGAUCAGCAGCCAACCAAUGGCAAUGCCAGCACCAUUCUGACCGAGCCGCCCAAAAGACCCAAGCGUCGAGCCAAAGGAAAGCCCCAGCCCAAUCCACUCCCGCUCUCGCUCCACCCAGCCAUUCUCCCACGCAUCGGCAGACCGGAUGAGAAUCCAGUGGAUUGCCUUGUGUGGGUUAUGUUUGAUGGCUUGCUUUUGUGGGUUGGUGGCGCGUUUGGGAAGGGCAUUUUGUCUAGGUCCGAUCCUACUUGGCUCAGGCGCUAUUUGAGGGAAACUGGCGUGAGCAGUAAGGGGAAGCAAGUGUUCCUUGAGGAUAUUACGAAACAAAGGCGUCUGGAAAGGCAGAUGAACAAGGGAGUUGAGGGUGAAGAGAAGGGGGCCGAGACUGAAGAGAAGGAGGCGAGCAGAUCGUUAGAGGAAGUAGUGGAGGAAGAUGACCAAAUAGAUACGUUGGUUGGUCCCGAGGAAGCCUCAGAAAUGGAACCCACGCAGCUAUCACCCUACGAGUGCCUGUUUCUGUGCGACGCCGGAUGUCUCGUCCCCAGGGACUCCGCCACCAACGCUAUACUCUGCGCGAAUGAUCUCUGGAAACUCUUUGACUCGCUCGAAGCUGAUUUCGAAAUCAAAUAUGCUGCCUACUACUACUACCGGUCAAAGGGGUGGGUUGUCCGGAGUGGAAUAAAGUUUGGGUCGGAUUUUUUGCUGUACAACAAUGGACCAGCACACUCACACGCGCAGUAUUCUGUGGUUGUGCGCCACAGAAAGUGUUUGUCAGACAAGGAAAUUGAUACUCAGGAAAAUGAAGAGGAUGGAUAUGGGGGUGAGAGCCGGCGGUUGGUGGACACUUGGCAGUACAUGUUUGCUUUGACCAGAGUCACAGCCCAAGUGCAGAAGACCUUGGUUGUGUGCUAUGUUGAUUCGCCGGAGAGCCAAUGCUUGGCCGACAGGAUGGAUCUCUGCCAGUACGCUAUCGAGGAGCAGGUCAUUUCGCGAUUCAAUCCCAAUAGAAAAUAAAUAAUAAAAUUG